AUGGCAUCAUCCGCAAACAAGCAGAGAGUUGACACUUCCAAAGCUCUGGGACCAUGGAUAAGCUUGAUUUUCUUAUCAAUGACAAGUGUAAAUGCACUCACAAUUGAUGGCAAUAAUGUAGGAGAAAUAGAUGGAAAUGGUGCUACUUGGUGGGAUUGUUCAGAUUGUAAAAGACCAGGGGUGUUCCAUUUUCAUAAAUGCGACAAACUUAAUGUUAGUAAUCUUGCGAUUAGUAAUAGUCCAAGAUCUCAUGUAUCUGUUAAUGAGUGUAAUAGUGCAACAAUCUCUAAAAUAUCCAUUGAUGCACCUGAUUCAAGUCCUAACACUGAUGGAAUUGAUGUUUCUGAUUCCACUAAUAUCUUGAUACAAGAUUCCGACAUAAAAUCAGGUGACGAUUGUAUCGCUAUCAAUGGUGGCACCUCUUUCUUGGACGCUAAGAGGAUUACUUGUGGACCAGGCCAUGGGAUAAGUGUUGGUAGCCUUGGUAAAGAUGGAGCUAGUGAUCAAGUUUCUAAUAUUUAUGUACAAAAUUGCACCUUUAAAGAAACUACCAAUGGAGCAAGAAUCAAAACAUUUCCGGGUGGAUCAGGUUAUGCAAAAAAUAUUACAUAUGACCAAAUCAUCCUUGAAAAUGUUAAGAACCCAAUAAUCAUAAAUCAAGAAUACAAUAAUUAUCUGCAGGAAACAUCUGUAACGGUGAGUUCUGUAACAUUUCGAGGAUUUAGCGGAACUUAUGCUGGCAAAGUUGCUAUUAAUUUAGAUUGUAGUUCAUCCGGUUGUUUUGACAUUACAUUGGAUCAAAACAACAUUUUACCUGCUGAGGACGAAAACAACAGUGAUUCUGUUAUUUGUAAAAAUGCACAUGGAAAAGUUGCAGAUACAAUUCCAAAUGUCCCUUGCUUGUCUCAAUAA